CAGGGGCUGAAACGGAAAUCUACAGGUUGACUUACCUUCAGAUAUUUUCUUUCUCAGAGUCAUGUAGAGACCUUCUUGGAGACUUUCUUGCAGAACGAGCUAUAAUUUCAACUCUGUCUGAUUCACACACUGGCACUUUGUAGGUAUUUAUUUGUCAAAUAAAUGCUUGUAUAAAUAAAUGAUUGAAGAACAAACACCCAGUAUUCUUUCUAUAGAUGAAAAUAUGGUGCAGAAGUCUUAGGUCAAGAACCAACACAGAGGACCUUCUUAGAUUCUAUAGAUUUAUUGAUCUGGGUGAGCGCAUGCUUGUGUCCCCAGAGGAGAUGGGUCAUAGUCAUCAUCAUCCACGUAAGGUGGACCUGAAAUCAGCUGCAGGGAAGAUUUCUGAGGGACCGACUCCUUAGAAAUCCAUUUUCAAUGCCCUUUAAAAAAAAUCAAGAAACUUGCUCUUGUUAUUUUCUUCCAAUUAUGAUAUAUUAGCCUCCAACGAGUUCUUUGUUCCUGCUGAAAUUACCUCCAGGCCAUCUUUGUUUGGGCAGUAUUUCCCUUAAACACAUUCAGGUUCUCAGAUACUACCUGAAUAAACAAACUCUGCCUACUUUUACCUGCUAUGAUCUGUUUGCUGAGAUUUAAUUGUUUCUUGCAUGUUACUAAGUUUUUUUUUUAUCAACAGCUGUUCUGUAUUUAUGCAAUUAAAAGUAUUUUACCAGGAAAAUAUUUAAUAUCUUUAUUUUCAUGUUUAUAGUUGGUCCACAAGGACUUAUAAAUCUUAAUGGACCUUAGCAUUUGUUUUGGAAACUGAAAAGUGAAGAAAAGCAGGGUGAAUUGCUUUUUGAAUUUGCUUUGUUGCCCAGAUAUAUCUCAUCUGCCCAUGUACAUAGAAUCAGUGAGUUGAAAAAUAUCUUAAUGUCUAAUCUAACCUGUCUUUUAAAAUACAUAUACAUGUAUAUACUGAAGCCUAGAUAUAACAUAGUAAGACUCUUACUAGAACCUAGAUUUCCUCAUAUAAUUUAGUGUUCCGUUUCUUCCCUUAAAAUCAGAAUCUAGGAAAACAGUAAUUAACUAUGCACUUUCAUGGAAGAACAGGGCAUGAUCUGCUAGUGAUCCUAAAUUGAGCAAUACGUAAGAGAGAGUAAAAAUUUGUUUCCCCCCUAUUAUUACAGGACAUGGUCUUUUCCCACAGGGAGACCUGCUUCCUUCACUCAUCAUGCCAUCCUUCAACCAGAGCAUUAUCCAUCCUGCAGUGUUCUUCCUUACUGGCAUUCCUGGUCUCGAAAUCUCUCAUGCCUGGAUUGCUAUUCCAUUCUGUUUUCUCUAUGCCAUUGCCCUCUCUGGGAAUGGGAUGAUCUUAUUUGUCAUCAUCACUGAGUCGAGCCUCCAUGAACCCAUGUACUAUUUCCUCUCCAUGCUAUCCUUCACCGACCUAGGUUUGACCCUAUCCACAUUGAUCACUGCGCUGGGUAUUUUUUGGUUCAACGCUAGAGAAAUCAGCUUUGAUGCCUGCAUUGGCCAAAUGUUCUUUAUUCAUGGCUUCACGUUCAUGGAGUCUUCAGUGCUCCUGGCAAUGGCCUUUGACCGAUUUGUUGCCAUCUGUAAUCCGUUGAGAUAUGCCACAAUCUUAACCAAUUCAUGGAUUAUCAGAGCAGUCUUUGCAAUUGUUAUUAGAGGAACAACAGCUCUGGUGCCUUUACUUUUGCUCCUUAAGCGUCUGUCUUUCUGCCAAAGUCACGUGCUUUACCACUCCUAUUGCUUCCACCCUGAUGUGAUGAAGCUUUCAUGCACAGACACCAAGAUCAACAGUGCAUUUGGCCUGGCCAUUGUCAUCUCUACUGCUGGCAUAGACUCUGUCUUGAUCCUCCUCUCCUAUGUUCUGAUCAUCCGCUCCGUGCUCAGCAUUGCCUCCCCAGAGGAGCAGAAAAAGGCCUUUAGUACCUGUGUCUCACAAAUAAGUGCCGUUGCUAUCUUCUAUAUCCCUAUGAUCAGCUUGUCACUGAUGCAUAGAUUUGGAAAGCACGCUCCUCCUUAUGUGCACACUCUCAUUGCCGACGUGUAUCUGCUCAUCCCUCCUGUAAUGAAUCCCAUAAUCUACAGUGUGAAGACCAAGCAAAUUUGCAAGGCUGUGCUCAAAGUAUUCCUUUCUAAGAGAAUUUAGGAAGGUUUCAGGAUACUUUUUCUCUAUAAAGUCUUCUCUGACUCAUCCUUUAUCAUUGACUAAUUUGAGUUGCCACCAUACCUUGAAAAAGCUUUUUGAUCCAUGCUAUCACUCUAUUCCACGUUUUACACAA